UAACCGGUGUCUCUCGUUCGGACUUGCCCGGAGACAGCCGUGUGAACCAGCUCUGCCUCGCCUUUGUUGGACACGAGAGAAGGCUGGGUCGGAUCAAAACAAAGAAAUGAUGGGCAUGACUGCGUGGUCGGGGUCAGCAGCAGCUGGUCUGCUAUUGUUCCUCCUGUUGGCAGGCACCAGGGUGCAGACAGGCUCCGCUGGUAGCAUACGGCUAACGGAGUGUCCCGCGGACGCACCAGAGGCCACCUUUAGCUGGACAAACGACGGGGACUACCUCUACGUGGAAGGGGACGGCUCUUGCGUGACCCUGCCGGACAUUUACAACGGAGUCGACAACCCUCCCCUUACUUAUCACACGGUCGAUGGGGAUGAGAGCGACACGGAGACAGGCAUCUGGCUCUUGACGAAACACCUGUACAUGCGGCCCGGGACUACCUUGCUCCUUCACGACGAUCUUGGCUGCACUGAACUGCGGAUAGCCUCGAGUUCCACCAACGCGCUUCACCUCAACACCUUCGGAGGCUACAUUUCCAUCCUCAACACCAAGGUAACCUCUUGGAGUGUAAGCAAUAAGGAACCCGACGCCGGUGCCUAUGACGGAAGCAAUCCGAGGUCGUACAUGUCGGCGGUGAGCGAGAUGACUCACCCCUCGGACACGUGCGAUGGCGCAGCGGACGACGACGCAGGGGAAGCGAGAUUGGACAUCAUCAACAGUGACGUUGGCUACCUCGGGUACCAGGCAGCGGAGUCAUACGGCCUCACCUACAAGGUGCGAGGGUACUGCACGGACGAGUCCAACCCGGAGGUGUUCGACCGCGUUAACGUUAGGGGAGACAUCCGCUUCUCUGACAUCCACCACAACUGGUUCGGACAGUACUCGUACGGACACCAAGACGGGCUGUGGGAAUACAACACCAUGCGCAACUCCGGGUACUACGGCUUCGACCCGCACGACGACUCGGACAACUUGCGGAUCCACAACAACAUAGUGUACGAAAACGGGAACCACGGUAUCAUCGCGUCGAAGAGGUGCAACGACGUGUCCAUCCAGAACAACGUGGUGUUCGACAACGCCCUCCACGGCAUCAUGCUCCACCGCUCCUCGGACAACGGCAUAAUCAGGAACAACACCGUCACCGGCUCCGGUAGCGCUUGCAUCGCCAUCUUCGAGUCCUUCGGCAUCGAGAUUAGCGACAACGUCUGCACGGACAACGAAGAGGGCAUCCGGUUGUCCAUGGGGUCGUCCUACAACAAGAUCUUCGACAACCAAGUCAUCGACACCGCUGGCCGGUCCCUCUGGCUGUACCUGGGGUCGGACGAGAUCAUCGCCUCCGCCGCUACUGACGGUAUGUGCACGGGCAACCUUUUCCAGAACAACUACCUGGACGGGGCCUCGAUCGGCGUUAAGUUUUCCGAGACCCGCGACAACAUGUUGAUCGGGAACACCAUGGUCGGCGUCGAAGAGUCUCUGAUCGACGACUCUGACGGGCUAUUGUGGUCGGACAAUGAAGUGGAAGAUGACUUCGAGAUCGGAAUCGAAACCACGUGUCUUUCGUCGGAGAGCGACUUUGACCAGAUCAGUGCCGGCGGCUCGAAUCCUUCGGAGUGCUGAUCGCUGAUUGGUUGACGGCCCACGGCCGCUAUGAAUGGGAAGCAACAUUCUUGGUGUCGCGAUCGCUGAUUGGCUGACGAAAGUACCGCAGCGCGGUCGGUCACUGCAAGGAUUACCGCCGAAUGUGAUAGGCUAGGUUCCAACACUUCGGCCUGUCGUUGGUGGCAGUUUUGAGCCUGUGGGCGGCGGGCAAGGCACCCCCCCCACACACACUAUGCGUUGAUGAAGUUGUUCGGCAGCUUGUUUUUUGUUCCUGCACGUGACGUUGCUGAUGUCUCGCUGGAGUUGCGUGUGUGGUUGGGUCGGCCCUUGCUUGGCUGUCUCGCAGCGUGUCCAAGGCUGCAAGUUCCCAGAGUGAUGCAUUAAGCCCUUUGCGCAAAGUGGUAGCACUCCGCAUCAGGCAAUAUAUCGUGCUGUACAAGAGGACGAGAAGAAGCUGAGUUCCUUAGCAAGCUGCAGCUGGCGUGUUACUACUGCUGUUUACCCUUGAACAUUUCCUUUUGUUCUUGACUUUUGCCGCAGAACCCCCCCGCUCCCCGAUGGACCCGAGCAUAACCGAACAGCUCACGCAAACAUCCUACCUUGACCGGACCUGUGUAUACCUACCGCUUCUGUUUUCUCUCCUGAAUGGAGGCGAUAUUUCGGGGGAUGUUGGUCCGUCCUUUCGCGACCGGCGGGUUUUUGUGUCCGGGGCUAAGUCCCGGGCCUGUGCGUCGUUGUUGGUUCUCCUGACGUGUUGGCGGCGUUUUCGUGGGGUCUUGCACUGUUGUUUGUUCUUCCGACUUUUGACGUAUUUUUCUUGGGGUUCUCAAACCAUUAAAUGUUCUUGAUUUUGAUAUUCCCUGACCUUGCAUCGUUAUUUGUUGUCUUUUUCUUGGGGUUCUUAAACCAUUAAUUGUUCUUAAUUUUGAUAUUCCCUGACCUUGCAUCGUUAUUCGUUCUGUUAUUGACUUUUGGCUUGUGG